ACUGUUUGAUGGAGAUUAGAAUUAAAUUUAUGUUAAUGAUUUCUAACUACUUUGCGUUUAAGUGUUUCACAGUAACAUAGAAUGGAAACUGGUGCGAGUAUGGAGAUAAAGAAUAUGUAUAUGGACAAAUCAGAAACUGACGUUUUUAUACCACAAAAACAACGAAUGUGUUUCUUUAACUCUAAUGAUCUUUCAACAGAAAGAGGGCAACAUUCUCAUAUGUUGAAAAUUAUAUUGUUAGCUAUCAUUCCAGUAUUUGUUCUUUUGAUUCAAAGUAGUAUUUACAUUUCAAAUGACAGCAAAGUAGUUUCACAACAAAAAUCAGUUAGAGACAAUAUUUCAUUUAGUGUGGAAAUUGGAUUACUUGUGCAUUACUUACAGCUAGAAAGAGGUGCAACAGCUUUAUAUAUAAGCUCAGGAGGUAGUAAUUUAGUUUUAACAAGUUUGGAAUCCAAUCGUUUAAAAACAGAUAUUGCUCUAGAUUCUUUGACAAAAUGGAUAUCAGUAACAUGUCCAACUCAUUUCCUUACUCGCAAAGCGUAUCAAGUGCGACUUCAGGACUAUAGAAAAAAGCUCGAACCUACAAAUACAACAAUUAAAGCGGCUGUCGAAUUCUAUUCUAACGAUAAUGAUGUUAUGAUUGAUUGGGUUGGUUUAACAGUGAAAGAUUCAGAAAGUGAGACCACAUGGCAAGAAUUAACAGCUUAUCAUAUGUUACUGUUAAGCAAGGAACAGGCUGGGAUAGAAAGAGCAGUAGGAAGUACGUUCUUUGCUAGAGGAAGUUUUUCGGUCGAAGAAUUACUAUGGUAUACAGAAAAGAAAAUACUCGGAGCGACUUAUUUAGAAAGGAGCAUGCAGUAUUCAACAUUCGUGAGAACCAUUAUAGACGAUGAAUAUACCAAUACACAUCUUUCGACUGAAUUAGUUAUAAUGCGUGAGAAAAUAAUAGCCAACAAUUCCUCAUUAGCAUCUGUAGCUGCUGGUAUCUUGUGGUUUGACAAUAUGACACAAUAUAUAAAUAUAUUAAAAGAUAUUCAGGACGGACUUGCACAGAACUGGAUGGGUUACGUAAUUACAAUUGUACUUGCCAUUAGAAUAGCAUAUGCAUAG